GCGGGAGGCGAGGCCAUGAUGCUGGACAUCAGGCUGUGCUGCAGACAGCCCAUGAGAAAGCCUUGAAGAUGGCGGCCUCCUGGAAGCUAGGCUGUGACCCGCGGCUGCUGCGUUACCUCGUGGGCUUCCCUGGCCGCCGAAGCGUUUCAGGGCUGGUGAACGGGGCUGGUGGGUGGUCUGUAAGCCGAGGAUCUAGUUGGAGAUGGUUUCAUAGCGCACAGUGGCUUCGGGGUGAUCCCAUUAAGAUACUAAUGCCAUCACUGUCUCCCACAAUGGAAGAAGGAAACAUUGUGAAAUGGCUGAAAAAGGAAGGUGAAGCAGUGAAUGCUGGAGACGCAUUAUGUGAAAUUGAGACUGACAAAGCUGUGGUUACCUUAAAUGCAAGUGACGAUGGAAUCUUGGCCAAAAUUGUGGUUGAAGAAGGAACAAAAAAUAUACGGCUAGGUUCACUAAUUGGUUUGAUAGUAGAAGAAGGAGAAGAUUGGAAACACAUUGAAAUUCCCAAAGAUGUAGGUCCUCCACCACCAGCUUCAAAACCUUCAGAGCCUCGCCCCUCACCAGAACCACAGAUUGCCAUCCCUGUGAAGAAGGAACACACACCCAGGACACAACAGUUCCGUUUAAGUCCAGCUGCCCGCAAUAUUCUGGAAAAACACUCACUGGAUGCUAGCCAGGGCACAGCCACUGGUCCUCGGGGGAUAUUCACUAAAGAGGAUGCUCUCAGACUUGUCCAGUUGAAGCAGAUGGGCAAGAUUACUGAGUUCAGACCGACCCCAGCCCCUGCAGCCACUUCUACAGCACCUUCACCGCUACAGGCCAUAGCUGGGCCAUCUUAUCCCCGGCCUAUGAUUCCACCAGUAUCAACUCCUGGACAACCCAAUGCAGUGGGCACAUUCACUGAAAUCCCCGCCAGCAAUGUUCGAAGAGUUAUUGCCAAGAGAUUAACUGAAUCUAAAAGUACUGUACCUCAUGCAUAUGCUACUGCUGACUGUGACCUUGGAGCUGUUUUAAAAGUUAGGCAAGAUCUGGUCAAAGAUGACAUUAAAGUAUCAGUAAAUGAUUUUAUCAUCAAGGCAGCAGCUCUUACCCUUAAACAAAUGCCAGAUGUUAAUGUAAGCUGGGAUGGAGAGGGUCCAAAGCAACUGCCAUGUAUUGACAUUUCAGUGGCUGUGGCAACAGAUAAAGGCUUAAUUACACCAAUCAUUAAAGAUGCUGCUGCUAAGGGUAUCCAGGAAAUUGCUGACUCUGUAAAGGCUCUAUCAAAGAAAGCAAGAGAUGGAAAAUUGUUGCCUGAAGAAUACCAAGGAGGGUCUUUUAGUAUUUCCAACUUGCGGAUGUUUGGCAUCGAUGAAUUUACUGCAGUGAUUAACCCUCCUCAGGCCUGCAUUUUGGCUGUUGGGAGGUUCCAACCUGUGCUGAAGCUCACUGAGGAUGAAGAGGGAAAUGCCAAACUGCAGCAGCGCCAGCUCAUCACAGUCACAAUGUCAAGUGACAGUCGAGUGGUUGAUGACGAACUGGCAACCAGAUUUCUUAAAAGCUUUAAAGCAAACCUAGAGAAUCCUAUCCGACUUGCCUAAUCCUCAGAGAUAAAUUGGUGUUCGGCUUAGUUGAUUCAGUAGUUUUUACUGAGAAACAUACGUUAUAGAAAAACAACUAGCUAUUUAAGUAUGAAGUGGAUGAAAUGUUUAUUUAAGUUGAAAGCAUUUGACCCAGGGUGUCUUCAUUUUCAAUUGGGUUUAGUGUUAUAACAUAAGUGAUGAUAAACUGUAAAUAAUAAAGGAAAGAGAAUAUUUGGUUACUCAAAUCCAUUUUUAACCUCUGGUGCUGUAUAAAGGGAAUAUUAAACUAGAUGU